GAGACAGAGCCGUGUGCGCACGAGGUCGGGCGUCAGCGCUGUCGGCGACGCUGAUUGGCCGGGACGGGCGGACGCCAGCCAGGGAAGGGAGAGGAGCAGCCGGCGCGAGGCGGCGACACUCCCGGGCAGACGCCGCUCGGGUCAGACCACCUGAAGGGACUCCGCCGGCGACGCCACUCCUACGGGCCCAACUCGGAUGAGAGACUCCCGGUUGCUGCCUCCUUCUUCGCACAGACGUCCUUCCUCCUCCUCCUCUUUCGCAGCAGGAUGGCGGACCAGGCAGCUCCCCUGAGCAUCUCUUUCAGCCAAAGGAACUUGACCACAGAGACUGGCAUACCCAGCUUAUAGCAGUGACUUUCUGGCCCUGCAGUAUUUAAUUUUGUAACACUAUUUAUUACAGUAUUUUUUUAAUCAUACCUCAGUUUUUGUUUACACAUCAAAGUAACGAGUUGCUUGUUGGGAGCCGCCAAAGUUAGUUAUCAUGGAGACAACCACCGCCACUGUGAGGAGUUACAUCACCACCGCCCUGAGCGGCACGGCCUCCUCAGGCCCCUUGGUAGAUUUCCUGUGGAUGCUGAUAUUAGGUUUUAUCAUUGCCUUCAUCCUGGCAUUCUCAGUGGGUGCCAAUGACGUAGCAAAUUCCUUUGGCACCGCCGUGGGCUCUGGGGUAGUGACCCUCCGGCAAGCCUGCAUCCUGGCAUCUAUCUUUGAGACGGUGGGCUCUGUGUUGCUUGGAGCCAAAGUAAGCGAGACCAUCCGGAAGGGGCUGAUAGACGUUGAAAUGUACAACAGCACCCAAGAGCUGCUCAUGGCUGGCUCCAUCAGUGCCAUGUUCGGCUCAGCUGUUUGGCAACUAGUGGCUUCGUUUUUGAAGCUUCCCAUUUCUGGUACACAUUGUAUUGUCGGGGCGACAAUUGGCUUCUCUCUCGUUGCCAAAGGACAGGAAGGAGUCAAGUGGUCUGAAUUGCUUAAAGUUGUGCUGUCCUGGUUCAUCUCUCCCCUCCUUUCUGGCAUCAUGUCUGCUGUCCUGUUCUUUGUUGUCCGUAGGUUCAUUCUUUCCAAGGUAGAUCCCGUUCCGAAUGGUUUGCGUGCAUUGCCCAUCUUCUAUGCCUGUACAAUCGGGAUCAACCUCUUCUCCAUUAUGUACAGUGGUGCGCCUUUGCUGGGCUUUGACAAACUUCCCGUCUGGGGCAUCGUCCUCAUAUCGGCGGGGAGCGCUGUUCUGUGUGCUCUCAUCGUCUGGUUCUUUGUCUGUCCAAGAAUGAAGAAGAAAAUUGCACAAGAGAUCAAAUCAAGUCCCUCUGAGAGUCCCUUAAUGAAGAAGAAGAGCAGCCUGAAAGAGCAGGAUGAGGCCAAGGUGGAUAAUAAGAUUGCUGAUGAUGAUGACCAGAGGAAUUCCCCUACCGAAGGGGAGCCAUCCUCUGUGACCCACAGAGCAGCUGUGGAGGAAAGGAUGGUCUCCUUCAACCUGGGAGAGCUGGAGGAGAUUCCAGAGCGGGAGCGGCUGCCCAGGGUGGAGAUGAAGGAGACCAGCAUUGACAGCGGAGCCAUGUCCUUUCCAAACGGUAACCUUGCCCAAUUUAACCAGGCUGUCAGCAGCCAGAUGAGUUCCAGCGGGCAUUACCACACGGUGCACAAGGACUCUGGCCUGUACAAGGAACUGCUGCACAAGCUCCACCUGGCCAAGGUGGGGGACUGCAUGGGCGACUCCUCGGCGGACAGCAAGCCCCUGCGCCGCAACAACAGCUACACCUCAUACACCAUGGCCAUCUGCGGAAUGCCCCUGGACUCGUUCCGGGUGAAGGAGCCUGAGCCAAAGGGAGCGGAUGAGGCGGAGAGGCUGGCAUGGUCUGGAUCAGAUUCCAAGAAGAGGAUCCGGAUGGACAGCUACACCAGCUACUGCAACGCUGUGGCCGACCCCCACCCAGCUGACGUGGACUUGAGCCAGGCAGAGAAGGGUGGCAGCAGCGGCUCCCUGGAUGAGUGGCACGACCAGGACAAGCCAGAGGUGUCCCUCCUCUUUCAAUUCCUGCAGAUCCUGACGGCCUGCUUUGGAUCCUUCGCCCAUGGGGGAAAUGAUGUGAGCAACGCGAUUGGUCCUCUGGUUGCCCUGUACUUGGUCUACAGAACAGGCGACGUGUCUUCAAAGGUGGCGACACCGAUUUGGCUCUUGCUGUACGGUGGUGUCGGGAUCUGCACUGGCCUGUGGAUCUGGGGGAGGAGGGUCAUUCAGACCAUGGGGAAGGAUCUCACUCCCAUCACACCAUCUAGUGGCUUCAGCAUUGAGCUGGCAUCUGCUUUGACCGUAGUAAUUGCUUCAAAUGUUGGCUUGCCUAUCAGCACGACUCACUGCAAGGUGGGUUCUGUGGUCUCUGUGGGAUGGCUGCGCUCCAAGAAAGCCGUGGACUGGCGCCUGUUCCGCAACAUCUUCAUGGCCUGGUUCGUCACAGUCCCAAUUUCUGGUCUCAUCAGUGCUGCCAUCAUGGCACUGUUCAAGUACCCCAUCCUAGGGCGAUGAAACAGACAUGCCAGCAACCCUGUAGCUUUGCUGCCCACAAGCGCCUGUCUGCAUAUCCUUGCCAAGUGGCUGAAACAGUGUUAGGGUGAUUCCACCAUGUGCAAGAGGGGCCGGUUGUCUUCUUGAUGCUGUACCUGCUUUUACGCGUAAAUCUCUUGUCUUGGAACUAGAGAAGUCCCACUUCUGCUGGGCUGUGAAUAAUUGUGUCUACAUUUCUAUACUGUUUUGUAUUGAGCUUUAACUUCAUAAUGUUGUUAGACCUAUCAUUCUUGUUCUCUGAGCUGAGCCUUGAACCUGGCGAGCACAGUGAGGAGGAGGGAGUAGCUUAGCAGAAAUGUAUGUGAUGAGGGGCCACUUUUAUAAAUAAAAAAACUUUUUAAAA